AUGAGGUUGAGUAGAAAGUUGCAGGCCCGGAAGGCUAGCUUGAUUGCCUUCGGACUCAUUGCUUUGUCCAUCGUGCCUUGCGUCGCUGAUCCAGCACAGACCGAAGCUGAGACAGUGUCGGAAGUUGCGCUGGGCAACAGAGAGUACAGAGUAAUUGAACCUACUGUUGAAGCUUCUAGAGCGUACAGCCAAGCACUAGCUACUCUUGCGACGCUCACCGCUCUCCCGCCAUCUCAGUCAGAAGAGCCCUCGCCGUACCAUGUGUCCAAUGGUAUUGGUUUCCAGCUUUCAUCUUUCUUGCCGAGCAUGCAGGGUCAUGGUCCAAUCGCCAGUGCCAUGCGGAUUGUAGUCAAACUGUUGCAUCAAUCGUGGUUACCACCAGCCCUUACCGGGUUCUUCAAGGACGAAACGACAAGGGGACGAAGAUACAACGAUGAGCUCCAUGGAAAAGCGGUGAAGGUGAUUGACUUGCUACAGCAUGCCGCAGAGCUUGGGAACACCGAUGCAUUAUACACUCUCGGCCAAAUAUCACUCUUCCCGCCCAACAGUCACUUCCCGUCAGAUCCGGUGCUUAGUUUUAACACAUUUUCUGCCCACGCGUCUCUCACUGGCAACUCAACUUCGCAAGCCCUCUUGGGCUUCUUCUACGCAACGGGAUAUCACGAUGUCGUACCGGUGAAUCAGGCAAAGGCCCAACUAUAUCUGACCUUUGCAGCGCACGGCGGUCACAAAGGAUCGCAGAUGGCAUUAGGAUAUCGAUAUUGGUCAGGCAUUGGAGUCACAGAGAGUUGUAUAGAUGCCCUUGGGUGGUAUGAGGAUGCUGCUAGUCAAGCCAUGGAACAGUUCCUGGCCGGCCCUCCUGGUGGCCGAACACUUCCUCUGUCCGUGCCGCGCCUGUCAGAUCUAGUAGGUGGCGUGUAUGGCCCUGGUGCGAGCGUAGCUUCGACCGGAUUAAGCGCGGUUCGUCCUGUGAUCAAGACAGCUCUUGCGCGAGCAGCAGGAGAGACAUGGGAAGAUCUGCUUGAAUAUUACUUGUUCAAUGCUGACCGGGGCGAGGUCGAUUUUGCUUUCCGUCUCGGGAAAAUAUUCUAUCAAGGUAGUAUAUACACACUGCCGGGUGGAAUUGCGUCAGGUGGCGACGGUGCGAGUACGGUGCCACGCGACUUUGCGCGGGCACGGGACUAUUUCUGGAAGAUUGCGCGGCAGGUGUGGCCACAAGACACAGCCCAUCCGGGGCAGUCCCAGCCUUCGAGGAAGGACGAGAAUGUGGCGCAUGCAGGAUAUGCAACGCUUGCGGCCGGAUACCUUGGGCGGAUGUAUCUGCGCGGAGAGGGCGUGCGGCAAGAUGCAGCGACAGCUAAGAUGUGGUUCGAGCGCGGGGCGGAGCAUGGAGAUAAAGAAUGUCAUAAUGGGCUGGGUAUCAUUUGGCGGGAUGGCCUCGUUGAGGGAAGGAAGGAUUUGAAGAAGGCAAUAAAAUACUUCUCUAUGGCAGCCUCGCAGGAGCUCGCUGAAGCACAGGUAAACUUGGGCAAGAUUCAUUACGAGCAAGGUGACUUGAAGCUUGCAAUGGCAUUCUUUGAGACUGCCAUCCGUCAGGGUUCGCCGUUUGAGGCCUAUUACUACCUCGCAGAUAUACAGAGUAGGCAAGCCCGGAGCCUCACGACAGCGAAUCUCGCUGGAAGUUCAUGUGCUAUCGCGGUGUCAUUUUACAAACUCGUAUCCGAGCGGGGUGUCUGGGAAGAUGACCUUCUCAAGGAAGCGGAGGAUUUGUGGAACUUCGGUACUGAGCGAGGGAGCGAAAUGGCCAUGCUGCGAUGGUGGAUCGCCGCCGAGCGCGGUUUUGAGGUUGCGCAGAAUAAUCUGGCGUUUGUCCUCGAUCAAGACAAGAGUAUCCUGCGCUUCACGCGGUUCGCGCCCAUAUCCCCCUCAAACGAUACCGCCCGAUUGGCACUAACUCAGUGGACUCGUUCUGCUGCCCAGCGCAAUAUCGAUGCUCUAGUCAAAGUGGGUGAUUACUACUACCACGGCCUAGGCGUUCCAGACGAGCCUGAAGCUCUCAGAUGGGAAAAGGCAGCUGGAUACUAUCAAUCAGCAGCGGAUACUCAGAUGAGUGCUCUGGCAAUGUGGAAUCUCGGCUGGAUGUAUGAGAAUGGUAUAGGGGUGCCUCAGGAUUUUCAUCUUGCCAAGCGCCAUUAUGAUUUAGCAGUCGAAACGAACGGCGAGGCUUACAUGCCCGUGGCGCUUUCAUUGCUUAAACUUCACGCACGUAGUUUGUGGCACACUCUAAUGGGAGGAUCCAAUGGUCUUAGCUUAUGGGGGAGAGAUUCUAGUGAAACCAUUCGAGUGUCUCAUCCCUCGUCCGCGGGGCGUGAGAUUGAGAGCGGCGAGCAUGUAAGGGAUCGCAGACCUGCAGAUGAUAGAGCCACAGAAAGGGACGACUUGGAAGACAGUCCCUGGUAUUUUGGCAAAGCGCGAGACGAGUUCAACAGGCGGCGAAGGGACCAAGCUAUAGGGAGUCAAGAUGACGACCCAGUCCAGUGGGCGAGGGAGAGACAACAGGCUGAACAAGAUCGUGAUGGCGACUUUGGACCGGAGGACUACUUCGAUGCUGCCACUCGCAGAGCUAAUCGCGAAGAGGAAGACGCAGACGAAUUCGCGGAGACCAUGCUCCUCGUCGUCCUAUGCAUCAUGAUAUCCGCGCUGUUGUAUUUCCGCGGGCGAUGGAUGGAAAGGAUGCGGAGAGAUGAGCAACAACGGCAGCAACAACAACAGCAGGGUGCCCAACAUCCUCCGCAUCUCGAGAGGCCUCUCAACAUUCCUGUGGAUUGGGGAAUGGCUCCUUAG